AUGGCUUACAAACGUGGACUCGUAAAAGCUCUGUUCCAUCGAGCCAGAAGCAUUUGUUCCCCAGACACACUACGAGAUGAAGAAGAAUUCCUGAAGCAAACAUUGCUUCGAAACGGUUACCCCGAAAGAUCCAUUCAUUUCCAUGGUAGACAAUCCCAAAAGGGUAACGCAUCACCAACUGUUCCCCAGAAAGCCGUUUACAUCAAACCAUCUUUCAAGAGCGAUCAACUUCUGAACGAUGUGCGUCAAAUUUAA